CAUGGUGGCGGCGGCGGCGGCGGGUGAGGAGGAGAGCGAGCUGAGCGACUGGUCGGUCAAGGCAGGAGGGAGAGGCCGAGCGAGGCGGAGAGGGAAGGCGAGGAGGAGGAGGAGGAGGAGGAAAGAGCCGCCGCCUCAGGCUCCGGGCGGCGGCGGCCAAGGCAUCCGCCUAUCCAGGCGCUCCCUUCUCAACGCCUUCCGACGGGCCCUGGGCCCGGCAAGGCUAGGGGGGCUGCUUCGCCUCCACGCUACGCCCACAUUUUGUGAGGCCUUUCCGAAGAGCAGCUCUUCCAGCAGCUCCGCUCCAGGCCCGGCUGGUCCAUCGGUUGGUCCCUCCCCUUCGGACCCGCCCUCUCACUUCGCCUGGCAACGGCUGAGGAGGAGGAGGAGGAGGAGGAAGAAGAAGAAGAUGAAGUCCCGGCUUUCAGUUGCGACGGUCGCCGCUGAGAAGGCGGUGCGGCAAAGUCAUGCCGGUGGUCAAAGCUGCCCUCAGCCCCCUCCCUCUAGUCUAAAGCAAGGCCGCCUCUUCUCAACUCAGCCCCGCUUCUCGUCCGUCUCCGCCCCCACCCGCCCCCACCCCACCCUCUCCGGCGCUUGGGAGCAGGAUGGCAGGCACUGGGCGAGGGCCCUGGAAAAGUGGCCCGAGAAGAAGCCGGAAGGACUUGGUCCUCGCUUCUUGCCGUAGUUCCUAAGGAAACGCUCCCGCUGGCUGUGAGCAUCCGGGCAAGAGGAAACUCGGGGAGGAGGGGGAGGAGGAGGGAAGAGAGCCGCGACUGGAAGGCAGGGAAGAAACCCUUUUCGGCAGAUUCGCGAGUUGCGCAACCUGGAAACCCUCGGGAAGCAAAACAAACCGGCCGCUUUUCUCGUCACGUAUCCAAACCCUUUUGCCAAGUGGAUUGAACCAAGCAAGGCACAGGAAUUCCCGUCAGCAUAUUCAUGGCUCCCACGCCCCAAAUGCUUUAGAUUUGCUAUAACUUCCUACUCGUUCCCGGUAAGGGCAUCCCGUUUAUAAGGACGGGGUUAAAUCCAGGCGAUUUGAACAAGUAAAUAUUCCCGGCAGAGGAAAUUUCUCCUACUCAGUCCCUCCAUUCCUG